UGUGGCGAGAAAAAACAGUGGAAAUCACAUAGCGUUAUAAGUCCUUUAGCAAAGGAUUUUAUUCGUAACCUCACGGAGAACAACAUCAGGUUUGACCAGAUAUACAACAUAUUAGGGUCAGGUCUUGGCUCUUCUCUAGGCGUGCCUUUUAGGAAGCAGACAUUGAGAACUCUGUGUGCAACCAUAGCUCAUGAUUCCAUCACUGAUGAUAUGGCCAAAACCACGAGUAUACUUCAGGAUAUGAGUGCCACAGAUCCGGACUUCAAAGUUUGUGUGCAAGUAGACGGUGAAAGCAGGGUGAAAACAGUAAUAUGGUGUAAUGGUAAAAAUCGGCUGGAUUAUGCACAUUUCGGUGAUGUGGUUACUUUCGACACCACUUACAGGACCAACCUGUAUAACAUGCCAUUUGGGCUUUUUGUUGGUGUGAAUAACCAUUUCCAGUCUAUUAUUUUUGGCGGCGUCCUCAUGGUUGAUGAAAAGACUCCCACAUUUGAAUGGGCAUUCAGAAACUUUAUUGACUUGAUGGACGGGAAACAUCCUACUACUAUAUUGACAGAUCAAUGCAAAGCUAUGCAAAAUGCUUUACGAAGUACAAUGCCCCACACCCGUCAUAGGUGGUGCAGAUGGCAUGUGUUAAAGGUCUUGAAAGAGAAAACUGGACACGUGUACAACAAACAUUCUGCCUUCAAGAAGGAAUUCCACGCGAUAGUAAAUGAAGAGACGGAUGUAGAAUCAUUUGAGCGAAUGUGGCAUCAAUUGAUUAAAAAAUACAAACUUCAAGGAAACAAGUACCUUCGCAGGAUUUUCAAGUGGAGGGACAUGUGGGCAAUGCCAUACUUCUUGGGCACAUUCUGUGCCGGGAUGACCAGCACGCAACGGAGCGAGAGUGCGAAUCAUCUCCUCAAAAAGUUCAUCAGCAGAUCAUCCCCAAUGCACUUGUUUGUUAAGCAGUACAACAAAUUGCUUGAUUCCAGGAGCCAGGCAGAAGACGAGGCGAAUUAUGUCAGCAAGCAGGUAUUCACCGUCAAAGUGGAAGACGGCGGGGACUUUGUCACAUGUGAUUGUGGAUUUUUUGAUCAUGUCGGCCUGUUGUGCUGCCAUUCAUUAAAGGUAUUAGUACAGAACAAUAUUGGCAAGAUUCCACCAAGGAAUAUAGUCAAAAGAUGGACUUUAUGGGCAAGGGAAUCGAGACCACUGCACCUGGCAAACGAGGGUGAAAUGGGGGAGUUGUCUUCCCAAACUACGUAUAGAAGAAAUGUUCUAUAUGUGGCUGCUAUGGACCUUAUCAAGGAGGCAGAAUCCGGGUCUGAGUCAUUCCAAACGGCGUUCGCAGCUAUAUGUGAGGCAAAAGAAAAAAUUGCAAGUAAGAAGGCUUCAGAUAUGCUUAUUGAUACUAUCGCCGAACAAGCAAAUCCUGUCCGGCAUACCAUAACUGAUAUUGGCGCCGCCGCUGCUUUAACAGGCCACCUCGCGAGGCCUAACGCGUCGGCGCCACCGUGCGCCGCCGACCACCCGCGUCAGCCGCAACCAAUAGAGGGUAUAAGAAGCCUCGCGCGCUUCCGACGCCUGGCUUUAAUCCGGCUGCGCCGAGGGGACUGGGCGAAGAUGUCAAUAUCUGAAUCCUUCGCCUAG